AUGAAUAACUCCAACAUCAGUAAUUCCGGUACCAAUGGUAACAAUAAUGGUGACGUAACGGCGAUGGACACUUGGGAGGAUCGGAGGAUAUCGAUAACUCUUCAAUAUGGUUCACUGAAGGAAGUGUUAGUUCUCGAGCGAUCUGAUAAUCCACAGCAAUUUGAAUCACUGUGUGAGCGCGCUAGACAAAUGGUUGAAAAGCAUUGUGAUGGUAAAUUAGCGAACGGCUGUGAGAUACAUUUGUUCAGACAUGAUUAUAACUCGCCAAACAUGCUCCAGCACUUGGCUUCUGUUACACAGCUGGAUAAUGGUUGCAACGUGGAAAUAAUUCUGAUAGAUCGCAAUGAACGACCGACACGUCCUCAUGUGCUUGCUGUUACGUCAUACAUGACUCCAACAUUUUGCGAUUAUUGCGGUGAAAUCCUGGUUGGCUUAAUCAAGCAGGGUUUGCAGUGUGCCAAAUGCCGAUGUAAUUUUCAUAAGAAAUGUGCAUUUGCGCCAAGGAAUAAUUGUGCCAAAGCAAUUCUGCCAAGUACGACAUCCACAGAUGAUCUUCGAUGCCAACAAGAUGCCUCAUUUGCAUUGCCGCAUACAUUGGCUGUACAUAAUUACAAGACACUGACCAUUUGUAAAGUGUGUGAUAAAAUGUUAAUUGGCCUGAUGAAACAAGGAUUGCGCUGCCGUGAUUGCAAGGUUAAUGUGCACAGGAAAUGCGCUUCAUUGUUACCGAUGAAUUGCCAGAUAUCAGAUGGCGCAAUAACGCCCUCAUUUGACCAUCUGAGUGUUGAUGAUGACACAUCGCUGUUCUCGACAGCAUACGACGAAGUCGGAACACAAGAAGAAAACGAUUCGAUGAUACCGCUUGCUCGGUUGCCAGGCCAAGCAUCAACGAGAAUCACUAGUCGACAACCAACAGUCGAAGGAUGGAUGAUCCAUUUCAUGCUUGAUCAACCGGAACGACGUCUUAGGCACUACUGGAUCCUUGCCGGCGGUGCUAUUAAUAUGUAUAAUGAAUAUAAUGAAGGUGUAAACCCACAUCGCAUUUAUCGGACAAUUCCACUUGGUAGUAUAACGGUUCUAACGCCCUAUAACGGACCGCCUGUACAUUCGAGCUUCCCCGCUCACUGUUUUGAAAUCCGCACCACAUCACAUAUGGUGUACUGCGUGGGUGAAAAUUUAGACGUGUAUGGUGCGCCUCCCUCGAAAGUGCCGCGUCACGCAAAUUUCAAAAGUAAUUCUAAUGCACAAAUGUGGUUUCAGGCUUUGCAACAGGCAUUACGACCACCACCAUCCAGAAAUGAUACGUCGAAUACAGAACCCGCGCUUCAAUUCACUGAGUUAUAUCAGAUUUUGGGUGAUAAAACGCUUGGAUCCGGACAGUUUGGUACAGUUUAUGCUGGCGUUCAUCGUCAAAGUGGACGUGAAGUUGCUGUAAAAGUGAUAGCAAAGGAUCGAUUUUCAAAAAAGUCAUCAGCCGGGGUGGAAACAUUGCGAAGUGAAGUAGCAAUCCUGCAAUCGAUUAGCCAUUGUGGCAUCAUCAAACUCGAAUCGAUGUUCGAAACAAAAGAUAAAAUUUUUGUGGUGAUGGAGAAGAUGAAUGGUGACAUGUUGGAAAUGAUUUUAAGUCAGGCUGCAGGCCGUCUGGAUGAACGAGUUACCAAAUUUUUGAUUAUGCAAAUUUUGUGCGCCUUACGAUAUUUACACUCGAAAGGAAUCGCACAUUGCGAUCUCAAACCCGAAAACGUUCUAUUAUCUGAUCUCGUCAAUGCUUUCCCUCAAACAAAACUAUGCGAUUUUGGCUAUGCUCGAUUUAUCGGUGAUGCUCAAUUCAGGAAAACGAUUGUUGGUACUCCGGCUUAUUUAGCCCCAGAAGUACUCCAAAAGCGAGGGUACAAUAAGUCACUCGAUAUGUGGUCUGUCGGUGUGAUAAUUUAUGUAACGUUAAGCGGUACGUUUCCGUUUAAUGAUGGCGAAGAAAUUGCUGAGCAAAUACAAAACGCUGCCUUUAUGUUUCCGACAGAGCCGUGGCAACAAAUCUCACGAGAAGCUAUCGAUCUGAUUCAGAGAUUACUUAAAGUAAAGAUCGAAGAACGUUUGUCAAUCGAUGAAUGCAUGAAGCAUGAAUGGCUGGGUGGAGCGCAAGUUUAUAUGGAUUUAAGGCGGCUUGAGUUGCAGUUGGGUGGAGAACGAUAUCUGACGAAUGCGGAAGACGACACCCGCUAUGCUCACUUCUUGGCAGCCCAAGGCCUUAUUCCUCAGCAUCUUUCUCCGUCCUUGAUUUAA